UCUUCUUCUUCUUCUAGUGUUUAUAUGGAGAUACUAGCACUAACAGGCUCUUUCUCCGACGAGCUGUGAGUUGACGCUUGAUCGUCCUGCCGUCUGUAAAUAGUCUUUUGAAUGGUCCGUAAAGCGGAUACAGAACGGAUUUUUCUUUAGUUUCUUUUUCUCACUUCGAUAUAACUUAUUGUCCUCGCAAAAAAUUAUUUUGUUUCUGGACCGUAAAUGCGAUCGAUGUACGGUUACUAAGAAAAAUCGAACUGUAGCAGAGUACAUCUAUACCGAGGAGGAAUCGGUACAAACUCCGAUAAACGAAGAUCUGCGAAUUAAAUUUGUAUUCCGAAUGGUUCUCGACCUCUGGUGAACGUCGGAUAAGAAGGACGUAACUAAUUUGUUUAUUUGCCUACAAACCCUUUUUGAUGGUUACAAAAAUAGGAGAUUGUAUCCGACGAAUAUUGCCGAUAUUAACUUUCUAGUAAAAACUAUUUUGCAUUUUUCUAAUUCCAUAAAAUAAAACACAGGCAAAGGCUCGCAUAUGCCUAUACGUAUUGGAAAAAGAGUCUGUAAUCUUUAAAUUUCGAAAAUUUUCCCGACCAAAACUACAUUAAGAGACGUUUUCUAGUCGACAGUUUGGAUUUAAUAGUAAAGUUCAUUUUUGUAAGGCUACAGAUUCCCGUUUGCCGUUUACCUGGUGGCAUACGCCAUAUCAUUUAAGGAAUGUCGGUCGUUCCGAGAACCGAAAUGUUUUAGUAUUAAAAAAACGAUCCCCAUCCGAUUUCAUCUACCGGUCAUACGGGUCACUCCAGAAAACUUUCCUACGAAUACGCUCGUAUCCCAGACGGAAUUCCAAGGAUACUCGACGGUUUAUUUGUGGUUUGAGUUACAAUUAGGAUAAAUCCCGUUCCUUCCGGACUAAUUUUCUUCCCUUUCCACGAUAUUUCGGCGAAGAUCAAAGCGAAGAAGGACUUGAAUUCCCGCCAGUGACGCAUUGCCGGCGGAGAUCGCUGAUUGGUGGGAAAGAGGGUUCGUGGCUUUACCAUGCAAUGUUCGUGACUCGUGAUGUAAGUUCCACGCAAUAUAACAUUUCGAAUUAAUUUGAAUUGAGAAACAUUUGACUGAAAAACAGGUAUUAGUCAUGGGCUCGCAACAGUUUUGUCUGAAAUGGAAUAAUCAUCAUUCAAAUAUUUUUUCAGUAUUUGAACAGUUAUUGUCAAAUGAAGAAUUAGUAGAUGUCACAUUGGCAUGUGAAGGACUUAGUCUGAAAGCUCACAAAAUGGUUUUAUCUGCCUGCAGCCCAUUUUUUCAAAGUUUAUUUCUUGAAAAUCCAUGCAAACAUCCAAUUGUGAUUUUGAAAGAUAUGAGGUACGAAGAUUUGAAAGCCAUUAUAGAUUUUAUGUAUCGGGGUGAAGUCAACAUCACUCAAGAUCAGUUGUCGGCUCUUCUCAAAAUUGCUGACACAUUAAAAGUUAAAGGAUUGGCAGAAGUUGCCAUUGAAAACAGACAGGAUUGUAUGCAGUUACAUGAAGAAGUGCAAGAAAAUAUAAUAAUUCAGCCAUUUCCUCCAAUUCCUUUGCAUAAACAGCCACAACCAGAAUCUUCUCCCUAUCACAGGAGAAAACGUGGACGACCUAGAAAGAGAUCGUUAAGUGAUUCAACUCAUAGUGAUUAUGAAGAACAAGCAAAUUUUAAACUGAAAGGAAAAGACUCUCAGACGGAUAAAACGAAUAAAUCUGAAGAAAAUAAAGCCGUGAAUGGUACUUAUCCACAAACUACAACUGGAAAUUCUGAGACUGUAACUGUUUCUCAGUCUCCCAUAACAUCACAUUCAUAUCGUGGUUCCAAAAACAAAAACAUGGGGCUUCCUCCCAAUUCAUCUAAUGAAACUUGCUCUGUAACUGAAGAACCAAUGUCAGUAGAAGAAGAAUUUGAUGUUGAGCCGUCAAAAUUACUGGAACAAACAAUGACAACUGAAAACGUAUGCAGUAUUAUGUAUUUCUAAUUAUUUAAUUUUAUAUUAUUCAUUAUUUUCAAUCUUUUAAUGUAAUUUCUUGCAUAGUAUUGAAAAUUUACUAAACUAAUUUAUUACACAAUAUUUUUUAUAUUUAUUUAUAAUAAUUAAAAAGGCAAUAUCUAAACAACUACUCUCCAAACUAGGAUAUAGUUAAUGACAUACUCUGAACCAGUUAUGGUGUGUAGAUAAUGAAAACAAACAAAAUUGAAUGUUUUCGACUCCUUCCGAGUUCUUCAUCAGGUUUAUUAAUGAUUCCUUGAUGGUUCUUUGUUUUGGAAUAAAAUUCGAACAAGAAUUCGAAUAUAAGUUUGAAAAAAUUAUUAAAGCCACAUCGCCCUACCAGGACUCAAUGAACGGC